AUGGAAGAGUUGAUUGUAAAAGUGGGGGAAGAAGAAUUUAGCUUCAGUGCAACGUCUUUGGAAAAAAUUCCAGAUUCUUACCUAAAAAGGUUAUUUUUGCAAGAAAAUAAAUGUAAGACUGUGGCUUUCUCACGAUGCCGGGAAAGCUUCCGUGCGAUUCAUGAGUUUUGUUUUUCGGGUAAACUGCAUACUCCGAAAAAUGUCUGUGUCGGAAAGUUCAAAGAAGAGCUAGACUUUUGGGGAAUCGAUGACUCAACAGUGGAAGAAUGUUGCCUGAGAAAAAUAUACGAUUAUGAUCUUCAGCAGAAAUCGCUUUUGAAAUUCAAGUCUGACUUUAGCAGACGUGAAAUGAAAUGUGAAGAACAGGACAAUAACAACAUCUCCACGAAGUCUCUUCGGCAACAGAUUUGGGAAAUAUUGGACUACAAGAAUGACAGUCUAUAUGCCAAGGUGUACCUUAUUCUCUCUACCCUCGUCGUCUUGGCUAGCUGUAUUAUGAUAGCUGUUAGUACGCUACCGGAAAUCAGAUCCACACUGAUAAUGGAAACGGAGAACAAAAACAGGACCAACCUUCAGCUCCAAAGCCAAAACUCGCCUUCUUCUAAUGUCCACUACGCCCUGUCCUUAACUGCAAAUUACAUUCGGUAUGGAAUAUUCUUUUUCGAAAUAAAUAUAGCAGAAUCAAACUUCGAGUUUCUCCUGUAUUUUCAAAUGUUUCGAAUUCUUCGAUUGUUGAGAUCACUGAACAGAUUAAUUGCAUUUAGAGUGCUUAGGUAUUCUGUGCGAAACGGGCGUAAAGAUUUGGCCUUGAUGUUGUCAUACAUGUUCAUAGGAAUGCUGAUAUUCUCAAAUUUUAUCUACUUUUUUGAGUCUGACGAAAAUAUUCCUACCAUGUUUGAUGCUUGGUGGUGGAGCCUCGUUACCAUGACAACUGUGGGAUAUGGGGACAUGUAUCCCAAAUCAAUCACAGGGAAGGUAAUUGGGGGAAUGUGCGCUAUCUAUGGCGUUCUUAUGUUUGCAAUGACCGUACCAAUAUUUGUAAAUACAUUUCACUCGCUGUAUAAGUAUGCAGUAUUUGCGAAUAUGCAGUCUAAGAAAAUCAAAAGAAAAGAAGAGGAAUCAGAGAUACCUGCAGAGAAGAAGGCAUGA